AUGAGCUACCAGCCCGUCCAUGGCUCGGAAGCGGCCGAAGGGCCCGAGAUGCAGUAUGAGAUGCGUCCUUCUUCCGAUGAUGAUCGCCGCGGUGGCGACCGCCCAGAAAGCUUGUUUGCCAGGGACUCGGACUCGACUCAAACCCCACACCACAAGGCACCCGCAGAUGAUGUCGUCGAAAAGGAUACAGAGCGCCGCAGCCAGCCAGGCUACACAGGCGGCUUUGGACGAUGGCUCACGGAAAUCUUGGCGUAUUUCGUUUCUCUCAUAGCGUUGGCUGCAAUCAUCAUCACACUAGCUACGCACGACGGGCAUCCCCUUCCAGACUGGCCGUUUAGGAUAUCGAUCAACGCUCUGAUAUCCGUAUUCGCUGUUAUUCUCAAAGCCACCAUGAUGAUCCCGGUCGCUGAGGCUGUCAGUCAGUUGAAAUGGUCCUGGUACAGAGAGGCUCGCCCGCUCCACGACAUUGCACGAUUCGACCAUGCGAGCCGAGGGCUUUGGGGGUCCCUCAAAUUCAUCCGUUACCUCCACGUUCAGAACAUGGCAACACUUGGCGCCAUCAUUACCGUGCUGGCAGUGGCAAGCGACCCUUUUAUCCAGCAGGUCAUCAGAUACCAUAACUGCCCGCAGGAGGAGGCUGGAGAGAGUGCGUUCAUGCCACGAACAAACAACUACACAUUGGAAGGAGCGCACGUCGGUGCCGGGCUGAGCAGCCUUGACCUCCCGAUGCAAGCCGCGAUUUAUCAAGGCGCUUACGACUCGUUUCAGAACAUCGAGCCGGCGUGCGAGACGGGAAAUUGCACGUACCCGGAGUACAGGACGAUCGGCAUGUGCAGCUCGUGUGAGGACUACUCGUCGGCCAUCAACAAGUCGUGCAUCACCGUAUCCAGCCAACUACAGACGUGUAACUGGACGCUGCCGUCAGGGGUGCAGCUCACACUGCCGUACCCCGUCACGAUGAAGAUGGGCUCGGGCGAAAACAGCUCCUACGGCAGCACCUGGAACGAGACGGCGCUCGUUGCAACGGAGAUCCUGACCUUCCUCGAUCCGCUGACGGGCUCGGCGUCGAACCUCUCCACCUUCCGGACAGCGGCAUACAAGUGCUCGCUGUCGCCAUGCGUGCGCACCUACCGCCUCAACGUGACGCAAGGCGUAGCCCACGAGACGUUGAUAGACCAGCAGCUCGCCAAGCGGUCCGCCCCGGACAUUCCGUGGUCGAGCUACGCCGCAACCCCGAUGCCGUGCCUGAUCAACGGCACCUACCACGACGCCGCCGAGUUCGCCCAGCGCAACGCCACCAACAUGUGGGAGACGUGGGGCGUGCUGCCGGGCAACACGUCGGCCGCCUGGCUGCCCAAGGAGUGCCUGUUCGCCUACGCGAGCACCCUCGGCGCCCAGGAGUUCCUGCCGGGCUUCCUGUCCGGCUACGUCGCCUCGGCGGCUGAGGUCGACAGCUCCGACCCGGCAUGGCUGGGCCAGCUGUACAACGACGCCAACACCAGCCUCGCCCGCGCCGCCGCGCUGUGGGAGAGCAUGGCCGACAGCAUGACGGCCAACAUGCGCCGCAACGGCGACACGAGCAACAGCGAGCCCGCCCGCGGCGUCGCCCUGCGCACCGUCACCUGCGUCAGCGUCAGGUGGCCGUGGCUGGCGUACCCUGUUGUGCUGCUGGCGCUGACGGGCGUGUUCUUGGUCGCGACCAUCGUCGAGAGCGUGGCGAGGAGUAGGGGGAGGAUCUGGAAAGGGAACCCGCUGGCGUUGUUGUUUCACGGCUUGGAUGGGGAGGAGGUGGCCAAGUACCGCGAGGAGGUCACGAGUGAGGGCCGGAUGGAGGAGGUGGCGAAGAGGGUACGAGUGCGCAUGGGUGAUCAGGGGUCAGGCUUGAAGUUGGUCGAGGUGCCGCAUUAG